AUGGCGGCGCAGGACAAGACGGCCGCGCCGUGGAGGAUAGACGGCGGGAAGGAGGAGAACCGGAGCGAACGACAAGAGGCGGCGGACCGGAGGUGGGGCGAUGGGGAGGGCGCGGCCAAGAGCACGGCCAAGGGCACGAUCGUGACCACGACGGCAAGCGGGGAAGUGGGGCUCUCGCGCAACGCCGUCACCACCGCGCACGCGUUCGAGGACAUUCGGCAGCAUGACGCCGCGGCGCGCUUCGCGAAGGUGGUGCGCGUGCACGCGGCGAGCAGCACCGUGGAGCUGCUGCACGAGGGAACUACAUCGGCGAGAACUGCGCGACGGCGAGAUGAUCAAGAGCGAGGCAGCUCGGCCAGCAGGUCAGCUGCGGUGGCGGCCAACAACAAGGUCACCGACACAGCAUCCACGACUCCGCCUCCGUCGAGGGCUACUACUCCUGAGGCUUCGGCAAGUCCUACUGCUCGUGCGGCUGUCAUGCGUCCCAAGAUCGUCGCCGUCAAUUGCAAGGUGGCCCUCGUGACCGUGGACACGACCGGCAGCGAGACGACCAAGGCCAAGGGCAAGAAGGUGGGCGGGUGUGCGUGGUUACAGGACCGCACGUUGAGCAAGUUAAAAAAGCGGGGCGUCUGUCAGGCUACAUGCAGCAAGUGGCCCACCAACGCCGGUGAAAGCGGCGGACCCGUGCUGGGUUUCCACAUGCGCGUCACUGCCACGGAUAAGAUGCAGCCCAAGCCCCCCAGCAACACCGUCAUGACCUCGCUGGUGGGCCCGCGUUCGAGGCUGGCGAAUUCGAAUGAGAUGGACAGGAGUGGCAGGACGUUAGACUACGCGUGCUGCAACAACCGGCAUGAUUGCCGAGGUACAGCAUCUUAG